GACAACCAGGAAAUGACUUCGCAUUUCAGAGGAAAAGAAACUUAGAGACUCUCUCUCUCUCUCUGUCUCGCAGUGCGUGAGUUCAGGAAAAUGGCUGAGGCCAGUAUUUCAGUAGAUCAGCUUUCAGUGGACAAGUUCCUCUGUUCAGUGUGUCUGGAUCUACUGAAGGAUCCAGUGACGAUCCACUGUGGUCACAGUUUCUGUAAGGUGUGUAUUAAUGACUGCUGGGAUCAGGAUGAUAAGAGCGGAGUUUAUUGCUGUCCUCAGUGCAGAGACACUUUCACUCCAAGGCCUGUUCUACACAGAAACAACAUGCUGUCUGAAGUGGUGGAGAAACUGAAGAAGACUGAAGUCCAAGCUGCUUCUCCUGCUCACUGUUACGCUGGACCUGGAGAUGUGGAGUGUGAUUUCUGCACCGGGAGAAAACACAAAGCCGUCAAGUCCUGUCUGAUGUGUCUGGCCUCCUUUUGUGAAACUCAUCUGAAACCUCACUAUGAAGUUCCAGCUUUGAAAAAGCACAAGUUAGUCGAAGCUUCUGGAAAUCUACAAGAGAUGAUCUGCUCUCAGCAUGAUGAAGUGUUGAAGAUCUACUGUCGUACUGACCAAAGCUUCAUCUGUUAUCUCUGUACGAUGCAUGAACACAGAGGUCAUGACACAGUCGCAGCUGCAGCGGAAAGAACUGAAAAACAGGUGAGAACGUUUUAGAAACACUUUCAGAACGAAUUCAUCCUAAUUUUACUCGUG